ACACUCCCUGCCGUGGGUCGUGACGUAUACUCGGAUGCGGACAGCGACGCAGGGCUGGGUUUCCAUUUUCGCUUCGAGUUUCGGGCGGAACAACAAUAUGGAGCCGGAGAUGGAAGACAAAACGUUGGAGCUAAUGUGCUCUGUGCCUCGCUCUCUCUGGCUGGGCUGCUCCUCGGUGGCAGAGAGUUUGUGUGCACUCAGGUGCCUGCAGAGCCUCCCCUCCUCCCGGGCCCACAACCAGAAUAUGACGGUUAUGGAGCCUCAGAAUAAUCACUCAGAUGAGCUUUCGCCAAAGAAGACCACAGUGUUCAAGCUCGGUAACGGAGUGGUCUCGGCCUCACGGAAGCGGCCGUCGCAGUGCAACUUUGACAAGGAGAAGGACGUGUGCAUCCAGCUGUUUGACCAGUGGUCGGAGGGCGACCAGGUAGAGUUUGUGGAGCACCUCAUCUCACGGAUGUGCCACUACCAGCACGGACACAUCAACUCCUACCUCAAGCCAAUGCUCCAGAGGGACUUCAUCACAGCGCUGCCAGCCCGAGGUCUGGACCACAUAGCGGAGAACAUCCUGUCGUUCCUGGAUGCGCGCUCGCUGUGCUCGGCCGAGCUGGUGUGUAAGGAGUGGCAACGGGUCAUCUCCGAGGGCAUGCUGUGGAAGAAGCUCAUCGAGCGCAUGGUCCGCACCGACCCGCUAUGGAAGGGCCUCUCUGAAAGACACCAGUGGGAGAAGUACCUUUUUAAGAACCGCACAGUAGAAGUCCCGCCCAACUCCUACUACCACUCACUUUAUCCUAAAAUCAUCCAGGACAUAGAGACCAUUGAGGCAAACUGGCGGUGUGGAAGGCACAACCUGCAGAGGAUCCAGUGCCGCUCAGAGAACAGUAAGGGGGUCUACUGCCUUCAGUAUGACGACGAGAAGAUCAUCAGCGGCCUACGAGACAACUCCAUAAAGAUCUGGGAUAAGCAGUCUCUGGAGUGUCUGAAGAUUCUGACGGGUCACACGGGCUCGGUCCUGUGUCUGCAGUAUGAUGAGCGGGUCAUCGUCACAGGCUCCUCCGACUCCACCGUCAGGGUGUGGGACGUGACCUCAGGCGAGGUGCUAAACACGCUCAUCCACCACAACGAGGCGGUGCUGCACCUGCGCUUCUGCAACGGUCUGAUGGUGACGUGCUCGAAGGACCGCUCCAUCGCCGUGUGGGACAUGGCCUCGCCCACCGACAUCAGCCUGCGCCGCGUGCUGGUAGGCCACCGCGCCGCCGUCAACGUGGUCGACUUCGACGACAAGUACAUCGUCUCCGCCUCGGGCGACCGCACCAUCAAGGUGUGGAGCACCAGCACGUGUGAGUUUGUGCGCACACUGAACGGCCACAAACGAGGCAUCGCCUGUCUGCAGUACCGUGAUCGGCUUGUGGUCAGUGGCUCCUCGGACAACACCAUCAGGCUGUGGGAUAUAGAGUGCGGGGCAUGUUUGCGUGUGCUGGAGGGCCAUGAGGAGCUGGUUCGCUGCAUUCGCUUCGACAACAAGCGCAUCGUCAGCGGAGCAUACGACGGUAAAAUUAAAGUUUGGGACUUACAAGCUGCGCUGGACCCCCGGGCGCCUGCCAGUACUCUCUGCCUGCGUACACUAGUGGAGCACUCGGGCCGCGUGUUCCGGCUCCAGUUCGACGAGUUUCAGAUCAUCAGCAGCUCCCAUGACGACACCAUCCUCAUCUGGGACUUCCUCAACGUGUCGGCCAACGGGCAGUCGGAGGGCCGGUCGCCCUCCCGCACCUACACGUACAUCUCCAGAUAGCAGGUGCCUCUCCUCUGUGGCAGUGUGUCCUGGGAAAGCUGAGAGCUGAUUGGCUGUGGCUGGCCC